UACACUCAUGCGUCAUUUCCGACGACGUCACUUAGUCCCGCGCUGCCGCCAGAUCGUUUGGAUUAAAAGUAGAACAGUGUAAAGAUGGUUUCAGAAAGCGAGGCAGCAAACAUUCGUGAGUUUGUUCACGACCAACUGUGCGAUGAGCCAGAUCUGAGCAAACUGAGCCUGGGAAUUUUAAAGAAGCGAUACUUGGCACUGGUGGGACAGGAGUCAUUAAAUUCAGAGAUCAAAACUUACAUGAAACAGGUCGUUGAAGAGGAGCUGAUGAAGAUGCAGGACAAGGAUGAAAAUGAAAGUGAGGAGGAGAUCAAGAAGCCCCUUAAGAAAAGAAAGAGGGAAAAGGAGAGUGAGUUGCAAAGUGGUUCAGAAGAAGAAAAAACCAGACCAAAAAAGUCCCGCUGUGAGUCAAGGUCAUCGUCUGAAUCGGAGCAUGAAGAUGGUUCUAACCCAAGCAGUGAGAAAAGUGCAGAGGAGGACCAAAACAGUUCUGGAUCAGAGGAUGCAGUUGAGGAAGUCAAAACAUCCAGACAGAAAAUGAGUGUUAAAAAGAAGCAGCCCAGAAAGACUGGUCACUCCUCAGAUGAGGAAUUGAGUGAGUCAGGAAAAGAGGAUGAAGAUGGUAAUUCUAGUGAAAAUCCAGAAGAGGGCAGAAAAAAAGAUGAUACAACAAAGAGUGGGGAGAAGAAGAGCAACAAAAAAACAUCCAAACAGAAAAUGAGUGUUAAAAAGAAGCAGCCCAGAAAGACUGGUCACUCCUCAGAUGAGGAAUUGAGUGAGUCAGGAAAAGAGGAUGAAGAUGGUAAUUCUAGUGAAAAUCCAGAAGAGGGCAGAAAAAAAGAUGAUACAACAAAGAGUGGGGAGAAGAAGAGCAACAAAAAAACAUCCAAACAGAAAAUGAGUGUUAAAAAGAAGCAGCCCAAAAAGAGUGGUGACUCUUCAGAUGAGGAAUCGAGUGAGUCAGGAAAAGAAGAUGAAGAUGGUAAUUCUAGUGAAAAUCCAGAAGAGGGCAGAAAAAAAGAUGAUACAACAAAGAGUGGGGAGAAGAAGAGCAACAAAAAAACAUCCAAACUGAAAAUGAGUGUUAAAAAGAAGCAGCUCAGAAAGAGUGGUGACUCUUCAGAUGAGGAAUCGAGUGAGUCAGGAAAAGCAGAUGAAGAUGGUAAUUCUAGUGAAAAUCCAGAAGAGGGCAGAGAAAAAGAUGAUACAACAAAGAGUGGGGAGAAGAAGAGCAACAAAACAAAACCAAGGAGUGAAAAAAACUCUACUGACGAAGAGCUCAAUGGUGAAAGCGACAAAGAGUUUUCAGAUGGCAGUGAAAAAGAAAAAAAAGUCCAAGUGGAAAAAAAGAGUAACGACACUGACUCAGACUCAUCAUCACUUUCAUCUUUGGAUGAUGAGCAGAAUAGUGUCACAGAAAAAAAUCAAGAUAAAAAGAAGGGAAAGAAAAAAGCAAAGAACGCCACAAGUGAAAAGGGGGAAAGAACAGUUGUGAGACUGAAACAUUACAUCUCUCUCUGUGGUGUGAGGAGAAAUUUUAAGAAGCUCCUGAGUGACUGUCCCACUGCGAAGUCUAUGGUGGACGUUCUAAAGAAAGAGCUUGAAAAUCUUGGAGUCCAUGGUAUUCCAUCUAUUACGAAAUGUAAACGUGCCAGACUGAAGAGGGAGGAGGCACAGGAACUUGCUGAACUUGACGUGGGGAAUAUCAUUGCCAAAAAAGGUCGUCGUACACGCAGAGCAGCCUCUGUGGAUUGGCAAUCUAACGAGCCUACAUACAGGCGGACAUUGAACUCUGGCUCUGACAGUGACCAGGAAAAUAAUAAAAACAAAGGUCAGAGCAGAACAACAGACUGGGACAACUUACGAGGAAUCAUCAGUGAUGAUGCGGAAAGUGACUGAUGUAGCCCCUUCCUCUCCUACUUUCAGAUUCUUAAUAGAGUAGACUACAUAUUUGGGUAUUAUUAUGAUAUUAAGAAUAUUUAUAGUAAUGUUGAUAUUGCUUCAUUACAAGACUUGUCAAAAAGAUUAAAAUAUUUUUAUGAAAAAAUAUACUUAUAUUUUUUACAAAUAAAGUUUUUCAAAUAAAUGGA